AUGCGUCACGGGUUUUUUAUUGACCCCACUUUAUUAAUAUUGUUAUUGUUUCGAUGGACCCAAUGUCAAAUAACGGAUUCACACGAGGCAUCGCAGCCCAGUGUCGGAGCGCUUCUGGAUGUGAAUUCGACAAGUGACAAUGAAAUACUAAUAAGCUAUCUGGCAGCAGUAUCACGUCUAGAUGAGCCACCAGAAGAGUUCAUGAAAGCCAUUAGCAUAGCUCGGACACGGGCUUCGGAUUCUUCAUCAUCGUCAUCACCAUUUCAUGACGAACGCUUCAAGCAGAUCUAUACAAUGUUUAAUUGUUUCAGUACAGAUUUUGACGGGUCAAUGAUCUCUGGAGCUUUGCAUGUGGCUGUCAAUGAAAUCAAUGCCAACCCAGAUCUUUUACCUAAUCAUCGUCUUAACUACAUUUUCGACAACACAUGUGGUAAAGAGCGGCAAAGUACACAGUAUUUCAUGGAUCAUUGGAAAAUGGGCGCUCGAGUGUUCAUCGGUCCAGAAAUGAACUGUCGAACUGAGGCAACGAUGGCGGCUGCACAAAAUUUGCCGAUUAUCAGCUACAAAUGCAAGGACCAAACAGUAUCUGAUAAGAAAAAGUCAGCUUUCUUUCUCAUUAUUGUUUGA